AAAGCCGUCGAUGUUCUGUUUUGAUGUUUGUGCCAUAAGAGCGCAUUAGGUGACUGUGUGCGGAAAGUGCAAAGGAGCAUUCUCUGCGACUGUACAUUUCUGAGAUUCUGUCGCGGCGCCUCCCACCUUUGCUCAGCUCCAAGCGAUUAAAAAACAAUCGCGGGGUUUUGUAUAAUACUGAUUCAUUUUUUCGAUAGGACAGCAAAACUAAACAAUUAUGGAUUCUGUUAAUAAACGUGAAAUUCCAAGAGGAGUGCCAAAGUCCGGCAGAGUAUGGAAACAACCGAAGCAACGGUUCAGAUCGAUGAUAGCCGUAAAACCACUGAAGACUUCGUUCGAAAAAUCUAUGCAAGAACGUUUGCAACGCAAAAAGAUUCGGGAGCUUGAAAAGGAGAGGGCUGCUCGUAAUGCCGCUAGACGUGAAGCAAAACGGAGAAGCUGCGAAGCUAAUCGAAAGCGACGGGAAGAAAAUGAACGUAAAGGAGAGAUUGUAUCAGUAAUUAAAAAUACAGCAAAGAUGAAGCGUAUGAAGAAAAAGCAACUGCGAAAUAUUAAGAAGAGAGAUGUGACCAAGGUGGACAAUUCAUGAGGGAAAUCAAUUUUUGCCACAAAUAUGAAUAUUGUUGUGGGCGUAGGGUUGUGUGACUAGGCAUGCAUACUUAAAUAAAAAAAAAAUUAUAUAUGCAUACUGUU